CAGAGCUCAAUUCCUCCCCACCAUUUUCCCUCUGAGUGAGCGAACCUGGUAGUUUUACUGUCCUUGUGAUCACUGGUAAAGUUGACUAGCUCGUUUAUGAACUACACAGACUCAAUGCUAGAAAAUGUACCGGUAUUUGUCUUAUUUUCUGCUAUUCUAUAUUUCCUUAUCAAACUUAGAUUAGAUUAUGAGUUAUAGUAAAUAUUACUGAAAUGGAGGUUGGAGGGGUUAUUUAUUCAGAUAAAGAAGAGAACAAUUUUUCUAAUGACGAUGGACUUAUUCCCAUAAAACGUGAGAAGGAGUUCAUUGUCCCAGAUGAAGAUGGGCUUAUUCGCGUCAAAAAAGAAGAGUUGCUUGACCCAGAUGAAGGUUCUGAAGAUUAUCUUGAUGAGAUAAAGGAGACCAGUUUUUCUGCAUUGGAAGCCGAUUUGGAAUCAAAGGAAAAUGUUAUAUCUCAUGACAUGGAUGAUAAGUCUUUUUGUUGUGCUCAUUGCGAAUAUAAAACUAGAUACCCAAAUCGCUUUAAAAGACAUAUUAAGACCCGUCAUAUAGAUGGGAAAUAUCAUAAAUGUCCUCAUUGUGACUAUAAAUCAUUAAAAACAAGUCAUUUAAAAACACAUAUAACAUCCCGCCAUACUGAUGAAAAGCCUUAUGAAUGUCCCCAUUGUGAUUUUAAAACUGUAAGGAUAACCAAUGUAAAAAGACAUGUAAUGGCCCAUCAUACUGGAGAGAAGCCUCAUAAGUGUUCUUAUUGUGAUUAUAAAACAAUACAAUAUUUUACAUUGAAAAAACACAUUAUGGCCCAUCAUACUGGUGAGAAACCUCAUCAUUGUUUUCAUUGUAACUAUAAAACAUUACACCCAUAUGAUCUAAAAAGACAUAUUAUGAUCCAUCAUACUGGUGAGAAACCUUUCCAUUGUUCUCAUUGUGACUAUAGGUCUGUCAGAUUAAGAGAUUUAAAAAGACAUAUAGUGUCGCAUCAUACAGAAUCAGCAAAUAAGACUAGGAAGCCUAAAAAGAAGGCAUCAAAGCAAGGACGGGUCAUAGAUACAACUAGGACGCUCCGAAGGUCUGCAAGAUCGACAAUCAAGGGUAUAGAACCCAAAAGGCAGCUCGCUAAGACAGGACAUGAGGAGGGAAAAAGACCUAGAAACUCUCCUGGGUCUUCUGGAUCUAUUGCGAAAAAACCCAAAGUAAUCGUUGGUGUAUCAAAAACCCAUACCGAGGCUGACAGUGGAUAUAGAGUCGCGAUAGUGCCUAGCAACUAUCCGCUGACCCAGCUGUCCCACGAGCAGUGUGAAGUACUCAAAGAAAUGAUUACCGACAAAUUGGAUGAGAUCGAUGAGACUAGAGAUGACCAUCCAUUAUUCAAUGGCAUCAGUUUUAAAAUGGGUGGUUGCAUCCUAUCUUGUGACAAUGAAGCCUCCAAGACAUGGCUGUCAAAAGUCAUUCCUGACAUUAUCAUUGGGAAGGGUAUCACUCUUCGCGCCGGUGUUGAAGAGGAGCUUGUCAAAAUCAUGAAAGUAAGUUCAUUCUUCCCUGGCAAGAAAAUGACUGAGGAAGCUCUAUUAAAGAGGCUAAGGGUGCAGAACCCGAAAAUAGAGGGUGUUCGCAGUUGGAGCCUUCACUUCAUGAAGCAAAUGGAAAAAGGGUUCUUUGCUACUUUGGGAAUCUCAGAAACCAGCCUCAAGAGUCUGAAGACACAAAGCAUGCAGGUGGGCUAUGGCCUUGGCAGGGUUACCUUCAAACAGACCACAGAGGAAGUACCUGAGGAUCUACAUGCGGAUAUUCCCCCUGAUAGUUCAUCGUGAAAUCUUUGUCAACCUGAGAGGUGGGUUAAUUUUAGUGAUGAAUGAUUAUUAGUAACCAUUUAUUUAUUUCGAAAUAUAAUUUAUCUCUUAAAAAUUUCUUCAUAGAAUCUCCAUUGGUCAGUGUUUCAGUUUCAUCCAUUUCAGGACCUCUUUCUCAUUUUAUUCUUUUUUAUAAUAGUGUUUUUUAAAUACUUAUCCUUAAGAAUUUGUCACCAGUUUUUAUAAUGAUUAAAGCAUAUUAUUCAUUAUUGUUAGUAUACUAUUUUUAUUUUUAAA